AUGGAAGCUGCUGAAGCCGUGGUGGUGGGCGUCCGGGUGAGGCCCUUCAACGACCGCGAGCGGGGUCUGAAUGCGGUGAAAUGCAUCGACAUGGAAGGGCCGACCACCCUCAUUCGAAACGUGGACACGGGAGACGAGAAGACGUUCACCUUCGAUGAGUCUUUUUGGAGUCACGAUGGCUUCGAAGAUGAUGGCACUGGAUACCUUAAACCCGUACCCAACAGCAAGUAUGCCGACCAGAGGUAUGUGUUCGACCGCUUUGGCCAGCGCGUUCUGGACAAUGCCUGGAACGGCUUCCACUGCUGCCUCUUCGCGUAUGGGCAAACAGGUGCUGGCAAGAGCUACUCUAUGGUCGGUUAUGGCAACAACAAAGGAAUUGUGCCGAUUUCAUGCGAGGAGAUUUUCCGCCGAAUCGGGAACGAAACCGACAAGAACAAGAGGUACGAGGUCACGGUCUCCAUGAUCGAGAUCUACAACGAGGCGAUCCAGGACCUGCUGAUCGACCCCUCGCUGAGGCCCAAGAAGGGCCUCGAGGUGCGAGAGUCCAAGGCUCUGGGCAUCUACAUCGAUGGGGUCAUCAAGAGACCUGUAGAGUGCUACGAGGCGAUCGAGACGACCAUCGAGGAGGCGACUGAACACCGCACCGUCGGCUCCACUUUGAUGAAUGCGACCUCGAGCCGGGCCCAUACGGUGCAGAUCAUCGAGUUCAAGGCCAUCCGGGACGGGUCUGCCACGGUAUCGAUGAUCAACCUCGUAGACCUGGCUGGAAGCGAGAAGGCCGGUCAGACCGGGGCGACUGGCGAUCGGCUCAAGGAGGGUUCGCACAUCAACAAGUCGCUGAGUGCCCUCGGCAACGUCAUCGAAAAGCUCGCCGAUGAGAAGAAGAAGAAUGUCGUCAUCCCUUACAGGGAGUCCAAGCUCACCCGCCUGCUGCAGAAUGCCCUGGGGGGCUCCAGCAAGACGAUCAUGAUCUGCGCUUUGUCCCCGGCCUCUUCGAAUCACGAGGAGACCAUGUCGACCCUGCGCUAUGCAGACCGCGCCAAAAAGAUUAAGAAUCACGCGGUGGUCAACGAGAACCCCCAGGAGCGGCUGAUGCGAGAGCUUCGCGAAGAGAACGAGAAGCUCAAGAAGAUUUUCCAAGACAUGGCAGGUGGCGCGAUGCCCGAUGCCCAGUCCAUCAAAGAAAUGGGCGCCAGGCAGCAGGAGAUCGCGGCCAUCGAGGCGGCUUUGGCGGAUCAGAACAAGAGCUGGGCCGAGAAGGUUGCCGAGGCCAAGGAGCAGCAGGAGGCGGCGCGCAGCCGCCGGAGGAGCUCCCUGCGCGUGGGUGACACGCAGCCGAUGCUGGUCAACCUCAAUGAGGACAAGACCCUGACUGGCCGCAUUCGACACCCCUUCGUCGCCACGCGCAACACCAUCGGCGGAGUGGGAGGCGACGACUCCGAUAGCGACUCGGACUCGGACAGCGACUCCGAGAGCGACGACAGCGAAGGCUCGGCAGAAGAAGUAGCUCAGGCGGAGGAGCUGCUUGAGUUUCCAGCGGCUCGGGAGUCGCCGCCUAACAUCGAGCUGGGUGAAGGCGUUGCCAGGAACCACGCCGUUGUCUUUACUACAAAAAUUGUUCAACCACCAGCCACAGUGAUGCGAGAAGUGGAGUAUGUGAGAAGGAAGAGGAGGAGGCUGAGUGUCCGAUGGAACGACGUGGUUAUGGGUCUGAUGCUGGUGUGUUGCGUUUGCCCCGGCAUCAGCCUAGACGGUCUUACAACAGCCGCGGCGGGGAUACACCGCACCUUAUCUGCAAAUUCGGGCGGCACACUGCAGGAAAUGCAAAGAAAGAACAAAGACCUCCGAAAGGAUCUUGGGAGUAUUCCAUGGCCCGAGCUGAAGUACUUUACGGCAAACGGACGCACCUACAGCUUGCCCCUGCGAGUCGAGAGCAGAGAGCUGUCGCAUCGGCCGGCGAAUGCCAGGCUGGAGUACUUGGCCGGCUUCUUCGACGGGGAUGGCUGCGUUAGUUGUGUGACGAAUCUGUCCGGAUGCAGGUUGAGGGUGAGCCAGUCUUUCGAUCAGGCGGAGGUUCUCAUGCUCUUCCGCGAGACAUUGGGUGGGAGCAUCAUACGCGAAUGCGGCGGGCUAGGUUUGAGAAAACCGCAACUUCAGUGGUGUGCAUGCGGCCAGUCUGCGCGAAGAGCAGCCAUGCUCCUGGCAGCGCACAGCAUCACCAAGCAAAAGCAGCUCUUGUUGGCGGCCCGAUGGCCCGAUUCAAAACGCUGCAGAGAGGAGUGCAAAGCCACGCUGCAAGCUCUUAAGAAAAACGAUUCAGCGGUUGCUGGGCCGUGCAGCUGGAGCUACUUUACCGGCUUCUUCGAUGCAGACGGGUAUAUCAAGCAGGAACUUGGAGGAGCCUCGCUGGUAUUGAAAGUGGUGCAAAAACAUCCUCGAGUGCUGCGGAGUCUUCGUGAUUUCUUGGCCACUACAUCAAGCAUAGAUGCAACGCUUGGAAAGUCGAAAGGACACGCAUAUCAACUGUGGGUUUGCGGCUUGUCCAACUGCAAGCAGAUACUUCAACAUCUCUUGGACUCCGGAUUACAUCGCAAAGCGAAGCAGGCGCAGCUCGCUUUGAGCCUGACGCCGGAGAAUGCGGCUGCGGUCAGCGCUGAGCUUGAGGGCCUCACCGGGAACCAACAGUUUGGGAAGGCGUUGGACGCUGCAGGCCAAGAGCGGGCGAGGACGAUCGGUGCUUUGCGAGCGCAGGCUGGGCGUUUGCGCCAACGAGGACUGGGCACAGAAGCUGAAUCCAAGCUGCGCAAGGUGCAGCUCGAGGUUGCGCGGCUCAAGCAGGACCACGAGCUGCCCCAGGCAUGUGACGAAACCGUGGAAGGAAGUCAUCGUGCAGAGCAGGGCGUUCGAGGCGAAUCCAUCCUCUGGGUUCCUUUCAACUGGUCACUGUAA